UCUUAUCACCCCGAACCUACCAUCCCGUGCGGACGCAUCUCGACAGCGACUCACUCAUCAUCAUGCUACCGUUGGUGGUGUUCCUGCUCUUCACCGCCGUCCAGGCGAGGCUCCGGCUGGACCCGCUGGUCGACACCAAGCAGGGCCUGAUCAAGGGUCUGCGCGCCGACGAUGGGGACUACUCCAUGUUCCUGGGCAUACCGUACGCCGUCGUGGACGAGGACAAUCCAUUCGGGGAAGCGCAACCGCACCCUAAAUUCGAGGAAGUUUUCGAAGCGUACGACGACUCAGCGAUAUGCCCCCAAGUGGAAGAGUUCAACCACACCAUCGUCGGCACCCUGGACUGUCUGCACCUCAACAUCUACGUGCCCAACAAGGCCAGCUCCAGGAACCGCCUGCCCGUCCUGGUCUGGAUCCAUGGCGGCGGUUUCGAGAUCGGCUUCGCCGGCCGCUACCUCUACGGUCCCAAGUUUCUCGUGCGAAACGACGUCAUCCUGGUCACGCUCAACUACCGCCUCGGCCCGUACGGGUUCAUGUGCCUGGACACUCCAGAGGUGCCCGGCAACCAGGGCCUGAAGGAUCAGGUGCUAGCGCUCAGAUGGAUCAAGGCGAACAUAGAAGAGUUCGGCGGCGACAUCAACAAGAUAACUGUGUUCGGGGAGAGCGCUGGCGCAGCCUCCGUUGAGUACCACUUGCUGUCCAAUAGCGAGAGGCUGUUCAACCAGGCGAUAUUGCAAAGCGGGUCGGUGUACGCCGGUUGGACAAUGCGAGACUCGGACAGUUCGGUACCAUCAAAACUGGCGAAACAGCUCGGCUACGAAACCGACAGCGUCGAUGAAGCUUUAGCGUUCUUGAAGAAAACAGACGUGAAGCUAGUCAUAGCUGCGGCGACCGAAAUAUCGCUCAAGUUCCGACCUUGCGUGGAAAAGGAGUUCGACGGUGUGGAGAGCUUCAUAACAAGCCACCCGGUGAACGUGAACCAAGUGGCGAAGGCCAAGAACAUGGCGAUACUGAGCGGCUACAACGACCACGAGUAUCUGAUGGCGUUUGUGAACCAACCGGAGGAGUUCUUCGCGAAAAACGAUCCGUUCGACAACCUGCUGCCGCAAAAUUUCAACGUGGACGCCUUGGGAGGCCGCGAGCGGCUCGUGCGCCGCUUCUACAUCGGUGACAACGCGGUCAGCAAGCAAGCGAAAUGGGACCUGAUCAACUUCCAAUCAGACAUUUACAUCAACCAUCCGGUGCAGCGGAGCGUCGAGCGAUUCGUCAACAGCAACGCGAAGAAAGUGUACCACUACAUCUUUUCAUACAACGGCGGCAGGAAUUUCGUCAAGAAACGUAUGAACAUCACGGUGGGCGGCGCGGCGCACGCCGACGAGUUGGGCUACCUGUUCGACAUGACCAUUCUCGACAGGGACGUGUGUGAGAGCGACCAGUUGAUCGUGGACAGGGUUACUGAAAUGUGGACCAACUUUGUUAAGCACGGCAACCCCACGCCGGAAGUGUCAGAGCUCAUCCCCGUCGCCUGGCCGGCGGUCACCAAAGACAGCCUCAACUACGUGGACAUCAACACGAUGGUGCGCCUGGGCGCCAGGCCCUUCGCCCACCGGCUCGCCUUCUGGGACCUGUUUUUCGACGCUAACAUGCACGCCGUUAAGGGCUACGAGAAUUGA